UGAGUGGAGGCCAGUGGAGGGAUUGGCAGAGGGGGUGGUGGACACUGAGUGGAGGCCAGUGGAGGGAUUGGCAGAGAGGGGUGGAGGACACUGAGUGGAGGCCAGUGGAGGGAUUGGCAGAGGGGGGUGGCGGAGAUGGAUUGGUUGCCAGCGGCGAGGCAGGCCAGUGAGGAGGGAGUUGCAGUAGUCGAGUCGUAAUAUGAUGAGGGAGUGGAUGAGUUGCUUAGUGGUUUCUGGGGUUAGGAAUGUGCGGAUUUUGGCGAUGUUGCGGAGGUGGAGUCUGCAUGUUGCGGAGGUGGAGUCUGCAUGUUGUGGAGGUGGAGUCUGCAUGUUGCGGAGGUGGAGUCUGCAUGAGUUU